AUGGCGACCAGCGGUGCAAUGGAACAUGUCCACCGUACCCUGAGUGAGCCAACGUUCGGUAACGACAUGUUGUCGGUACUGAACGACAUGAGAGCGGAGGGAGUUCUCCUGGACGUGACGGUUGUUGUAGGGGAGGAAGAGUUCAUGGCGCACUCUACAGUCCUGGCCUAUGGAAGCGACUACUUCCGGGGUAUGAAGGAAAGCCAGGAGAAACGUGUCGAUCUGAAAGACCCAAGUGUCACGGCGGCGGCUUUCCGUCUCCUACUGGAGUUCCUGUAUACCGGACAGCUGGUGAUGUCAUUAGAGAACGUGUACGAGGUUCUGGCGGUAGCCAACCAUCUACAGGUUCAAUCGGCUCUUCGACUUUGCGGUGACUUCAUCACACAGACUUUACGUGAAUCACAAUUUGAUAUGGCAAAGUAUUCCAGGGGAACCCAGGUUGCAGACUUGUAUAACCUGAAAACCUUACAGGAGUCUCUAGACACAGUGAUUGCAGAAGACUUUAUGGAAGUGACCAGCUCUCAUGACUUCCUAGAGUAUGCUACAAAGGACGAAAUGAUCAGGCUUUUACAGCUUGAGACUCUUGCGGCACCAUCCGAGCAACAGGUGUAUGAAGCGGCAUUAAGAUGGCUGACACACGACACAAGCCACAUGGAACACGCUGCGGCUGUCCUGAGCCACGUGCGCCUCGCAUUGUUGGAUAUAGGCUUACUGUAUGGCCUGUUGAGGACCGAACUUGGAACAAUAGAAGAAUGCAGGAACCUCAUCUUGGAAGCCAUGGCUUACCAUAGUCUUCCCACUACUGAGACCAAAGACGGCUGGCCACGGUCAAAGUCCAGAGCGCAAAUGGAUGAACAAGUGUUGUUGGCGUUAAGCCUCGAAGCACGGAAAUUCACCACAAAAACGGGGUGGACAAAAACCGCCAUUUCACUCGGAGGGCGGACCGUCUACGCGGUUGCCGUUGUUGGGAAUGUGAUGUACAUGAUAUACAAGGAGUACUUCAUGUCCUAUGAUCCGACAACCGAUGAAUUGAGCAAUUUAAUUUUUCCACCUGAUUAUCAUCACGGGGCGCCCAGGAUGGUUGCAAUCGGUGCAAGAUUGUUUCUGGUAUGUGGUAAGGAGGGCGUGCGCAAGAGUAAGGCCUGGUGCUACGACAUCUCAGUCGGCCGUUGGUCAAAAAUCCCUCCCCUUCCCCAGUACAAGAGUGGAGUAGCUUUAGCAAGCUGUCAGGGAGCUGUGCUUGCAAUCGGUGGUAAAGUUUAUAGUACAACCGCUGAGGGGAAGGAUACAGAUGUACGCACAUCUAGAGUACAAACCUUCUUCCCAGUGAAGAAUUCGUGGGAAGCAGUGUCUCCCACCAUACAACCUCAUUUUCAAGCAACCGCCAUGGUGCAAGGUGACAUCAUCUACGUAGCAGGUGGUGACACGGUUGUCAACGGUAGGACAUGUUCUAACACAUCCGUAGAGAUGUGCAAAGUCUCCGUCGACGAUGUAUUUGGUGUUACUGUCUCGCCGUGGUCGUUGAUCCAUCAGCCCCUGCCUACUCAAAAGUUUGCCUCCGAAGUCGCCGUCAUCGACCGAAAAGCCUACUUCAUCCUCGGCGGACAGAUGCACUUCACCGGCAAGUUUGUGGACACUCACACGUCAGAAGAAGAUGUGGAAGACAUGUGUCGGGCGUUUCUGAGGAAUGUCCAAUCGACCAGUGACGUCGUGUGUGCAACUUUGUCAUUGAACGAGAAGACAUGAGGACUUUUUAUAGAUGAGAAGGGCCGACCAAAUAUAGACAUACCAGUGACACCAUGAAAUCAUGAACAAGUCCUUAUAUAAGUCUAGUAUUUGAAACUGAAAUCCUAUACCCUUGUUGGACAAGCCACAAACAGCGAACAAUUCACAUCUGACAGGCUCAGCACGUUUUGAUAGAAAAAAGACAACUUUGUCCGUAUUUGAUAAUUACCAAAUUUGAACGAAUAGUUUGACCUACUACCUUGUUGUAGAAUCAUAUUAACUUAAGGAUUACAGUCAUUAAAACAUUGUGUUACGCGUUUCUAAUCGAUUUUCAAAAGUUGUUGACAAAGACUGGCUGACAGUUUGAAAGAUAUAGUAGUCAUGAUGGCGAAGCAUGUAAAUUACACAUAAUAGAUAUUCAAUAGCAUAAACAUCUUUUUGUUUUAAUAGGAAAUUUCAUAGGUGAAUGAUUGGCUUUUUAGUUGUGUAGUAUAUCAGCCAAACCAGUAGAUAAAUAGAAUAUAGUAGAUUUGUGACGAUAGAAGCCCUUGUUGA